AUGAAGGUGUUGGUGUGUGUGGUGAUCGGAGACAGGAGCGUCUUCGUUAUGGGAAUUGAUGAGCGCAAGAAAGUCGGAAACUUGAAGGAUAUGAUCAAGGAGAAGAACAGCUAUUCGCUACCUUUCAAAGAAGGCGUGGUUACUACGGCGAUCAGUGAUAUGAUGAAGAACCAAAUGGAUCCAAGUUAUCGUGUUCGCAAUACGGACGCGUACGCCCCUGAUGAAGACGCUGCUGAAGAUGGUGAAAUCCAUGUUCUGGUAAAAGUGCCAGAAGUUGCGGUUGGAACGACAGCAUUGUGGCUGAACAUCGCGCUCUGGUAUGAUGAAGACAAGACCUUGUGCAUCCACAUUAAGUUCGAGGCAAACGACAAUGCUUUGCGAUUCGAAAUGCUCUUCGCGAAGAAAGAUUGA